AUGUCAGAUACAGCGUCCUCACCCUUAGAUACGUCUUCUCCUUCUUCAUCGUCGUCUACCCUAGCCACGACUCCUAAUUUUUUACAUGCAGAUCUAAGACGUUCGUCAUAUUUCUCAACGGCAUGUAAUAACCCAUAUCCUACCAAAGCUACAGGGGUUUCGCUUAGUUGUUUAGUAAAUGCAUCAGUGACUGUUGUUCCUAAUAAUAAUGAUAAUAAACCACCAAAUUAUGUUUACGUAUUUGGUGGAUUUAAUUUAUACACUGAUGAAGUUUAUAAUGAUUUAUAUAGGUUAAAUGUUUCUGAAAUGAAGUGGGAGGAUGUAAUUUAUUUAAAGGGCGUACGUCCUUCAAAGCGAACUAAUCAUUCUGCUUCUUUAUGGAAUCAAGAUAAGAUAAUAAUUUUUGGUGGGACUGAUGAACAAGAUCAAAAUUGUAACGAUAUAGUUAUUUUGGACUUAAAAACUAUGACUUGGGAACGUCCUGAAGUGAAUGGAUAUAUUCCGUUAGGACGUGCAAAGCAUUCAGCUAAUAUACACAAUGAUAAACUUUAUAUAGUUGGAGGUUAUUAUAUAAGUGAAGAAGAGGAGAAUUCGGUAUCAUCCGAUGUUAACUGUUUAAAUUUACAAACGUGGACAUGGGAAGAUCCGAUUACAUUGAUUCCAAGACAUUCGCAUGUUUCAUUCAUUUAUCAGAAUCGUCUUCAUGUAUAUGGAGGUUAUAAUGAGGAAAUGGAUAGAGAGAAGUCGCUUGUUAUUUUAGAUCUUCAAACUCAACAAGUUUCAAAGAUAGAAAUUACGAGUGAUUCAGGACCUGAAAUGAAUGGACAACAUUUCGCUCAAUUGUAUUGGAAUCGAUUAGUUGUAGUGGUAACACAGAGUUUGAAAGUUGAAGCGCAGGAAGGUUCAAUCGGAGUUUGGGCUUUAGAUUUGAAUUCUUUUCAAUGGCAUCAAUUUGAGGAUGGUGAUCGUUUUGUACAAGGAAAUUGGCAUUAUUUUGCUAUGGCAGAAAAUUGUCCAAGGUUUUUCUUAUUUGGAAUAGAUGAAAAGGAGUCCGAUGAGUAUUUUUCAAAUGUUCUUUCGGUUGACCUUCAAGAAUAUGGUAUUUCGAGAAUUCCACCUCCAACCAUUGGGUGGGAUUUUGCACAAUUAUUAAAUGACGUAAACACUUCAGAUUUUACCAUUAAAUCAAAUGAAGAAGAUAGUCCUGUCAUUCAUGUUCAUCGAAUUAUUCUUCUUGCCAGAUGGCCUCACUUUGGUAAUAUGAUUAAUUCAGGAAUGACGGAAUCAUUUAAUUCAACUUUAACAAUUCCUGAACCUUAUGAUAUAGUUCAGGCUUUUAUUUCUUACCUUUACACUGACAUCAUUGAAGGACAACUAUUAAUUGAUACAGUUGCAGACCUUAUGGUGUUGGGUAAUAUGUAUCUUAUUCCACGUUUGACAUCACUUUGUUGUGCUCGUCUACAAGAGAACAUUAGUAUAGAGAAUGUUGCUAAAAUUUAUCAAUCUGCUUCAGUCGCUGGAGCUCAUCCUUUAAAGAAAAGGUCAAUGAGAUUUAUCAACACUAAUUUCGGUCCGGUUUCUAAAACACAAGGUUUCAGGACUUUACCGAAAGAGAUCUUGUUUGAUUUCUUGGAUAGUUUGCCGGAAAAGGCGAAAAUUAGCGUCGAAUGA